CAGGCCGUGUACUAUUCUUGGUAUUGGACUACCGAAAACAAAUACAGCCCAAUCCAAAACCCAAUUAACAUUAGAGAACCAAGUAAAAAAAUAGACAUAGACCUCGAAGAAACCAACGGCCACUUUUUAACGAACUUUGAGAAAUUUAUCCAUUAACCAAAGCAACAGAAACAAAAACUAACUUCCUCGGUCAAACCUCUGAUCCUACCAUUUCUCUCGUUCCCCAAUUCUUUCUCUUUUCCUCUCACUAAAACUUACCUUUAUCUUUUCCUUCAUUUCUUUCCUCUUGUCUUUUAGGUUUUUUAUUUGGUUAAAUUCUUUAAAUACUAAAAUAGAAAUAGCAAAAUUUCCUCUGUUUUUUAAGCCUUAUACUAUGCAUUCAACUUGGAGAAAAUUACUCAAUCUUCAUGAAGGGCCCCACCUCAGGAGAAUUUUCAUUAGAUCAGAGCCGUCCAUUUCAUCAUUAGGAUGUGGUGGGACCAAGGUUGAUGGUGUAGAAUCUUAUUUUGUUGAUCUUGAAGCUUCUUCAACUUCAAGAUUGUUAAGGUGGUUGUCAUCUGGGCUUUUCAUUGUUGGUUCGGGCUUAGGCCUCUGUCACUGGACUGAAUCUUCGGGCCGACACGGGCCGGUUCUCGUCGCAUACGCCGAUGAAGGAGUCUCAGGUGAUUCUUCGGAGGUUCAGGAAGCUGUCCCUGUCAAGAAGCCUACAUUCCUCUUUAAAGAUGAGUACAGGCGAAGAGUUUUCUUCAACUACGAAAAACGUAUUAGAACGCGAAGUCCACCAGAGAAGGUUUUUGAGUACUUUGCCUCCGUUCGAUCUGAAAGUGGUGAAUACUUGAUGACUCCAGGGGACUUGAUGAGGGCAGUUGUUCCAGUUUUUCCUCCUUCGGAAUCAAACUAUGUUAGAGGGGGUUUUUUGAUGGGAGAACAAUCCCCUGGAGAACUUCAAUGUGCUCCUUCAAAGUUUUUCAUGCUCUUUGACACCAAUAAUGAUGGCUUCAUAUCAUUUCCCGAGUACAUAUUUUUGUUCACCUUACUUAGCAUACCUGAAUCAAGCUUUUCUGUGGCUUUUAAAAUGUUUGACUUAGACCAUAAUGGAGAAAUAGACAAGGAGGAAUUCAAGAAGGUGAUGGAUUUGAUGCGAACAUAUAACAGACAAGGAAGACAACAUAGUGAUGGUCGUCGUUUUGGGAUCAAAAUUACAAGUAGUGUUCCUAUUGAAAAUGGUGGCGUAAUCGAGUAUUUCUUUGGUAAAGAUGGAAGUCAAUCUCUUCAACAUGACAUAUUUGUUCAGUUUUUGAGAGAUUUACAUGAUGAAAUUUUAAGGUUGGAGUUUGCACAUUAUGACCACAAAUCAAGAGGGACUAUCUCUGCAAGGGACUUUGCUUUGUCAAUGGUGGCAUCUGCGGACAUGAGCCAUACAACUAGAUUUCUUGAUCGAGUUGAUGAACUAAGCAAUGAUUCUCUCCUGAAUAAUGUACGUUUCACAUUUGAGGAGUUUAAGGGAUUUGCUGAUCUAAGGAAAAGUUUACGUCCACUUUCUUUGGCAAUUUUUAGUCAUGGCAAAGCAAAUGAUGGACUCUUGACUAAAGAAGAUUUUCGAAGGGCUGCUUCUCAUGUAUGUGGAAUUAAACUAAGUAAGAAUGUGGUUGACAUAAUAUUUCAUAUCUUUGAUUUGAAUCGUGAUGGAAGCCUUAGCUCCGAUGAGUUUCUAAAAGUAUUGCAAAGACGAGAAAGAGAUGUUUCACUGCCUAGGGAAGCAGGGUUUAAGGGAUUAUUUUCUUGCUGGGUGGAUUGCACCACUAGUUGCUCUUCUGCUAAGAUGUUGUAGGCUGUAACUUCUUCACUAGUAUUUUAAUACAUAUGUAGUAACGCCAAAUAAUUAGUUAUGGCCAUAAAUCAAAGCUUGAUUGCUGAAAUUUUUCUGCCCAGCAAUCGUAGCUAUUAUUCUGUAUUAA